AGCUAGUUUAUUCUAAAAGGUAGCAGCGACGCCUAAUAUUUUCAAUGUUUCGCACAGGGUAAACGUAAAUUGGCUUUAAAUUAUCGAUUCGAACGCAACCCAAAACUUCACUUCAGCGAGCUCAGAAAUGUAUUGAGUUCAUUUUUUCGUCUCCUUGCUCUGACUUUGCGACAUCCGCAAAAGCCUCAUUUGUCAGUAGCAUCACGACCAUCAUGGCGGUCGCUUCUUCGAUCCAGGCGCUGCAGCAGAUUGUCUCGGGCAUGAACACGCGGCUUUUCGAAACCAAUGCCGCACUGGAACGGCGGGUGGAGACCCUCGAGGAUCGCGUUCGCGAACAGGCACGGACGAUUGAGCGGCUGAAUACGAAGAUGACAAAAAUGGAGUUGAAUGCGCUGACCGGUGGGCAAGGUGUUUUAGAGGGGGACGAGCACCAACUUCUACCCCCCUCUUUCCCCCCCGCGAAAAGGCCACGCGGCGACCACAAUUUGCUGCAGCACAUGCAGCAAAUAGACACGUUUUCAUCAUCGAACAACAAACAUCAGAGAAAAAACAGCAACAAGCAACACCCCAGCAACCCCUUCGAAGCGACCCCCGUGAACUUCCCCGCGGACACCUCCCUGAUAGACGCGGCGGGGCACGGGCCGCCGCCGGGCGGGCACAAUAGUACCAUCGGCGGCACGAAUUACACGGUGCCCAACCCCCGAGCAGGACAUACGAACGUCGGGAACAGCGAGCUGAUACUCCAGGAGCCGAUCGGCGGCGAGCAGGCGGCCGCGGCGAGAAACGAACAUUUGCGGGAUCGCGUGAUGCACAUUCUGAUGACGGAGCGGCAGGUGGACCAGGGGUGUUUGUCCUUCUUCCAAAAGGAGCAGUGGUGCUGGGACUACUUUCUCCCCAUGCUGGAGGACCGAUCAAUGCCGAAGAAGACCGACAGCAACGAGUCGGCGUUCUGGACGCACAUGCUGAAGCAGCACGUGGCGGGGAGCAAGAGCCGGGUCAACAACCCGCAGCUGGAGGCCCGGAUACUGAACGCGCUGAAGGUACGCGACAUCGACCAGGAGUGCUACCAGUUUUUGCUCCUUUACCCGAACGCGUGGGACGCCAUCGUCACCGACCUCGAGGACUUUUCGCAGCCGCCCCACGAAAAAGACCAGAGCAGGUUCUGGACCGCGAAGUGGAGAAACGUGCUGCAAGCAAAAGGCUUGCUGGGCCCCAGAGGGGGCCAUCGAUGAGGGAGAUAAUACGUAGCUACACUGCUCUUUGACUUUGAGUUGGAACGAACAUUAGCGAAAAUCAGUAGUUGUACCGCGCACUGUUAUCUUGACAAUCGGAAAGCCCUACCAUCAACAGUGAGACCUACUCGAUACGGUUCGAAUUCAUUUUGCAAGUACGUGUCGCCACAAUUGUGUUCCUUCCAAAGGGGGGCAUUUUGG